CAUCCCAUCUCAACAUAAAGUAUCUACAAUACGGCUCGCUUAUGGGACUAAUCGCUACGUCCCUACAAGAGUUACGCCAACUAAAAUCAUACUGCCGUGCGGCGUACGUCCUGUGUGCGCGCGCGCGGCGUCACUACACUUCCUCCCGCAUGUCCUCUCGAAGCCGCGCCUCCUCUGCUUCCCGUGAUGCACCGCGCGCAACAUGGACCAGGCCGACAAUGAUCUGCAAGGCACAGACAGCUCCGGCACCCUGGGGGGUCUGGAUGUCCGCAGGCGGAUCCCCAUCAAGCUCCUGUCCAAGCAGGCCAUCCGGACCAAACCUGCCCCUCGCCCUCAGAGAGCCCCGAAUCGGCUGCCCUCCAAGACCGUGGCGGGGGAGGAGGAGGCCUUUGGGUACAAACAGGAGGACAGAUUCGAGUGCAAGUCUGGGGAUGCUUUUGGAAACCAGCGAAGACUUCCCUCACAGAUGUUCUGGGACUAUAAGAUGAAUUUAAUAGGUGAAAAGGAUGACACACCGGUUCAUUUCUGCGACAAGUGUGGGUUACCCAUAAAGAUAUAUGGACGCAUGAUCCCCUGUAAACAUGUGUUCUGCUACGAGUGCGCUGUGCUCCACGAGAAGAAGUGUGACAAGAUGUGCCCUGGUCUGUCCCUCUAUAGCUGCACGGACCCAGUUCAGCGAAUCGAGCAGUGUCUCCGUGGAUCCCUCUUCAUGUGCAGCGUCGUACCAGGCUGCAAGCGCACCUACCUGUCGCAGCGCGACCUGCAGGCUCACAUCAACCACCGCCACAUGCGAUCAGGAAAACCGGCCGGGGGUCGGCCGGCACCGGGUGGUUCUGAUCCCCUGCAUCUGCCCCCGGCCUCCGAGUUGGCCGAACGCUUCCUCUUGCCCCCGGACAAGCACCGUCUGCCCCCACCUUCUCACCUGCCCAAGCCGCACCUCAUGAUCCCUCCCCCACUGCAGCAUGCUCCGCAUGACCCCUACAGCCAGCCGCCGCCACCGCUGGAUGACCUACGCUCCGUCCAGCCCCCACCUUCCGCCACGACUGAUAUGGCCCCGCCCCGCUCCAUGGGCCAGGAGACUUUCCGCAUCGCCACGGUGACCACGCGCAAGCACAGCAACCUCAUCACCGUGCCCAUCCAGGAUGACUCAGGCAGUAGUGCGCCUUCUUCCCGCGAUGCCCUCCCCCAGCCUGGGCUCCCGGCACCCCCGCCCCCACACCAUCACCCUGGGGACUACCCAGGGCAGCCUGUUGUGCCCCACCCCCAUCACAUGAUGCCUCCCCAGCAGCAUUAUGGCCCACCGCCUCCCCCACCCCCAAUUGGUCACCCCAUGCAGCACCCACCUCAGGGGUCAGGAACUGCCCACAUGGUGUACACUCAGGCACCACCCCCACCGAUGUCCUCAGCUCCUCCUCCUAUCACCCCACCCCCUGGACAUAUCAUCAGCCAGAUGCCUCCAUAUAUGAAUCACCCCCCACCGGGCCCCCCAGUCAGCGGCCCACCGCCGCACCACUACAACCCUGCGUCCAUGCAGCAGUUCCCUGAGGACCAAGGGACACUGAGCCCUCCCUUCAGCCAGCCUGGAGGACUGAGUCCUGGUCUUUGGCCAGCCCCACGAGGUCCGCCUCCUCCCAGAAUGCAGGGUCCCCCUCCCCAGGGCCAGAUUCCAGGACCCCACCACCCAGACCAGUCGCGGUACAGGCCAUAUUACCAGUAGUCCCCCCAAAAAUUCUUCUAGGUCCAGCCAGUGAAAGACAUGUCUGUCUGGCAGUGUAUGUCUUUGGGUGUGACCUACAGCACCAGACCGCUUGUUUCAUAGUAGCAGUUUGAUGGAGCCUUUGUGUGGGUUCAGGCAGGACUGCUUUUGUGUUUUAAACCAAGGAUGUCUUCAGUAAGGAGGGGAGGGGUUUUUCUGUUGAAAAGGUGAUGUUUUUGUCUACAGGGUAGUCAGUGGUUUGGUGUUUCCUAUGAAUUCCUAGCAGUCUUAUGCAGGAGCUGCGCCUCUCAAGCACCACCUGUAUUAGGUUUAAUGCGUCCUGUGUUCAGGAUAUAACUUCAUCCAUUUUAUUAUCAUCUUGCAAUAAAAAAAAAAUUUAAUUCGCGUAAAGCCUCAAACGUGUGUGAAUUC